GCCUGCGCGGAGCCCGUGGCCGCGCCUGCUCCCGCCGGGGGCUCGUCGCUCGCCGGGCCGCGGCCAUGGGGGAAGCCGAGGUGGGCGGCGGGGGCGCUGCCGGCGACAAGGGCCCCGGGGAGGCGGCCACCAGCCCGGCGGAGGAGACGGUGGUGUGGAGCCCCGAGGUGGAGGUGUGCCUCUUCCACGCCAUGCUCGGCCACAAGCCCGUCGGUGUGAACCGACACUUCCACAUGAUUUGUAUCCGGGACAAGUUCAGCCAGAACAUUGGGCGGCAAGUCCCAUCCAAGGUCAUCUGGGACCAUCUGAGCACUAUGUAUGAUAUGCAGGCACUGCAUGAGUCCGAGAUUCUCCCUUUCCCAAACCCAGAGAGGAACUUCGUCCUUCCAGAAGAGAUCAUCCAAGAGGUCCGAGAAGGUGAGGCCCAGGCCCUAGAAAGGUCAGGUUUGGGAAUUAGAAAAGGCUGGACCUGGGCAAAGGGUGGGGAGGUCAGAGUGAAGGUCAUGGCCUCCGGGAGGUGUGAGGGUCCAGCACAGACCCCACCUCCACCCAUACGGUCUCGGGAGCCUCCGGGAUUGGAAAGGACUUCGUUCAAGAGCAGCUGCUGGGCAGAAGGUGAGGCCUGCGUGGGCAGCCGGGCGUCCCCAGGUGUCGGCCACCACCGUGGGCUUUCAGUGAACGUCAGCUUCUCCACAGGAAAAGUGAUUAUUGAGGAAGAAAUGAAAGAGGAGAUGAAGGAAGACGUGGACCCCCACAGCGGGGCUGACGACGUUUUUUUAUCUUCAGGGAGCUUGGGGAAAGCAGCAGAAAAAUCUAGCAAAGACAAAGAGAAGAACUCCUCGGACUCGGGGUGCAAAGAAGGGGCGGACAAGCGGAAGCGCAGCCGGGUCACCGACAAAGUCCUGACUGCAAACAGCAACCCCUCCAGCCCCAGCGCUGCCAAGCGGCGCCGAACAUAGACGCCUGCACAGCGGGUCUGGGGGCGCCUCCUCCCCCGCGCACAGCGACCUGUCCUGACGCUGCGCUCCGCGCCGCCGCCCAGCUUCCCUGGAGCGAGGCUGUCCGGCAGGGGCCCGCAGGCCAGGCUCCAGUCAGACCAGCUGUGGCCCUGGUGGACCCAGAAGACCAGGCUCGACCCAGGCCAGUGGUUGAGGGCUCUGAGUCUGCAUCCGUCUCCUCCGGAGCACCUGGCUUCCUCGUGGCCUUGGAUUAGCUCCGCGUGUGCGGCAGCAUUCGGGCCCAGGCCGCGUGGAGCGUGGAGCGGGGUGGAGCCAGGAGAAGCCCCGGGAUUAGCAAGCAAUACAAACACUGACCUCACUCUGUCCUCAGAAGGAAACACUCGUCUUCCCUGCGUCACUCUGUCCUUUCCGUCUGUCUGUCCCUCUGUGAGCCUGUCUGCACUGACUGCAACAUCAGGAGGAUGUGGCCUUCCUGUCACCCGUGCACGCGCCACAGCCUCUCCCCCACCUGGGAAACUCAGAACCAGAUACUUUGCCUCAUUCACUUGUACUGUAAGGUUGUAUAUAAUUUGGUUGGUAUCUCACUAUUUAAUUUUUAAGAAGCCUAUUUUACUAGUGUUUUAUAUGAAAAUACUGGAGAAGUUAAACCUGUGUCGUAUUUUCCUGAGAUGUUUUGUUUUAAGGUAAUGACUACUGAGAUACUUUUUGCUCAGUUUUUAUAUGCCAGAUACAGAGAAUUUGUAGCGGUUAUUUUUGUACUACCUAGUGACAGCAGACGGGCCAGAUGCGUGGGUGGAGGGGAAGGUGCCGCCGCUGGGCUGGCAAGAAGGCGCCCCAGUGCCGAUGGAGAUACGCUUUCAUUUGCAGAACA